CUGCUCAUUCCGACCAGAGACAGCAGAGAGGAGCCGCUUUGCUCUGCAAGGACGGCUGUGGACAACAGGUAACAGCCAGAGUUCUCCCUUGCUUGGCUCCUUUCGAACCCGGAGCUGUUCCAGGCUGGGGAGAGACAAGGCAAAAGGUUGGGUUGGGCGAGAGGCUUAUUGCUCUGGAGUGAUUCCGAGUGCGUGAGGAUUGACUUGGCGUUGGAUCUGGCCAAGCCACUCCAGCCGGGUGAGGGAUAAUGUCUAACAACAUGGCCAAGAUUGCAGAGGCACGGAAGACGGUGGAGCAGCUGAAACUGGAAGUGAACAUCGACCGGAUGAAGGUGUCCAAGGCAGCGGCCGACCUCCUGGCCCACUGCGAAGCCCACGCCAAAGAGGACCCUCUGGUGACCCCGGUGCCAUCUGCGGAGAACCCCUUCCGUGAGAAACGGCUCUUUUGCAUCGUGCUGUGAGCCUGGAAGCGGCUUGGACGGAGGAGACAAAUGGCAGACUCCUCCCACUUCCAGACCAGGGCGGUGGUGGGCGGAACUUCCUCUUGUAUGUUCAUGGUACACCCUGAUCCCCUUUCAAAUCCCCAUUUCUAACCUGGUCCUAUCUCCAUCCAGCAAAAAAACCCCACACAAAAAACAGGACUGUGUGUAUUCUCUAGAGAAAACGUGUCUUAGCUUCUUCUUUUUUAAAAAGCAAGUUACUAGUCGUCAUUGCUGUCAAAAAUAAGCUUGUCCGUCCUGUGUUGUUUCCUGAUCCCAAUGAAAAACAAAUAAACCCUGGCAUGUGUGCAAGGUGCCCAUGAUAGUUUCUCUGGUAGGCAGAUGUGCCCACAGGCCCAAGAAGGUUGACAACCUUCUGCCCCAGGGGCUGGGAAGGAGGAAGUGACCCCAACAGGGGUUGAUCUAGAUCAGGGGUCUGCAACCUUGAAGACAAAAAGAGCCACUUGGACCCGUUUCCGAAGAAGAAAAAACUGGGAGCCGCAAAACCAUUG